AUGAAGGCACUCACUAUCAUUCUUCUGACCUCUAUUCCUUGUACCUAUGCUGCCUGUUGGACAGGUGGCUGGCCAAGUCGCUGCAAAAAUCAGGAUGGUCCAGUCAGCGGUGACUACACGAGAACCAAGGAAAUCUGUGAUAAUGUUGGAGGCGAUAUGUGCAACUGUAUCAGGCAGGCUGAAGAGUAUUGCGAGUUUGAUACUCAGGAUCAGGCUGAUGAAUUCAAGUCUGAGUGUGAGAGUCAGUCUGGCUGGUCUUCGUGGAACUGCGGUUGGUAG